AUCGAUAAGAAUUUUUAUUGUGUGACUUAGUUAGAUCCGCCGAUGGGAAAAUGAUCGUGAGACUUUCAUACCUAAUGAUUUUCCUUCUCAAUCGCAUAGACUAUAACUGAUAAAGGCCUGUCGCAUUGCUUGAUACGCCCUAACAAAUCAACAUGGCACAAUCGGAAACGGCUUGUCCCGUCGACCACAAGAGCAGGGAGGCAUGGCUCGAGAAAGCACGACAGGCGUCCGGCGCCGAAGGGGGGCCUCCGUCGCAAUCGCAAUCGCAAUCCCUGCCCCCGUCGCAUCCACCCGUCCCGAGCGCCGCCGCGUCGAAGGAUGCUGCUGCCGCCGAGGAAAGCUGCCCCGUAGAUCAUAAGGCGCGGGAAGUGUGGCUGCAGCAGGCCGCUCGCGCAGCAGCAGCAGCAGCAUCUACGUCCUCUUUCCCUCCUCCUCCUCCAUCCUCCCAACCCUCCACAGCGUCGUCAUGGACAUCCUACCUCCCGCACAUCCCCUUCUGGAGCAGCAGUUCGCCCACUCGCCCAGCACCACCACCACCACAUUCCACCACACCAACCUUAUCCCCCCUCGGCACCGACCGCGAAGUCUCCACGAUACCGCGCUCCCCCAACAAGCCCGACGACCCGACAUCAGCACCCGCAAACACAGAGCAAGAGACGGGCGCGGACCUGGCGUCAGGAAACUGGGUGUACCCCUCCGAGAAGAUGUUCUUCGAGGCGAUGAAGCGCAAGGGCCACGACCCGCGCGCGCCGGACAUGCGCACGGUGGUGCCGAUCCACAACGCCGUCAACGAGCGCGCGUGGGCCGAGAUCAAGGGGUGGGAGGAGCCGUGGAUUCGGGGGUCUAGCUGCGGCGGCCCCCGCCUCCACUCCUUCUCGGGGCUAAGCACCCGCAUGUCGCCCAAGGCCCGCAUCAACACUCUGCUAGGCUACCAGGCGCCCUUCGACCGCCACGACUGGGUCGUCGACCGCUGCGGGAAGGAGAUCGAGUACAUCAUUGACUUCUACGCGGGGCGCAAUAACGGCGAUGGCGGUGGUAGUGGCAAGUUGUCGUUUUAUCUCGACGUGAGGCCGAAGCUGAAUUCGUGGGAUGGCGUCAAGAUGCGGGCUAUGCGGGCUGCUGGGUUGGUAUGAGGGCCGUGCCAAUGGAUGGAGUGUUUUUCGUUUGGGUGAGUGCGGUAUGAUGGAUGAGUGUGAUACGGUGGGUGCGUGUUUUUGAAAGGCUCAUGUAUAAUACGAAGAGAUAUCUGCAUUUUUAGAAUUAGAUCAUAGCAUGGCGUAUAUCUCGGUAGAGAAGGAUCCCCAUUCAUCGAUAAAUCGAUCUCAUUACAAGUCA